AUGACGAUGCAUUCCGACGACGAGACGAAUCGGUCUAAGGGGCCUGAUGAUGUUUCACCCGAGGACCAAGAUGCCGCCGAUGAGGCCAACAUCCAGCGCGUUCUGAACAUGGUUGCCGACAAGGGAGGGCUUGCUGAGAUUAAAGGUAUCGACUUCGCCCAUACCAAGCCUAUCGACCAAAGUGGCAAAGCCGAAGACGCACAGGAUUUCGAAGACAUAAGCGACGAUGACCUUCCAGACGAAGAACCUCCGACGGCGACAACAUCCUUUGAAGUUCCCGGCCUAACAGACGACGGAGGAACUAGUCACGAUACCGACGAUCUGUUUGGUGAUGGACGGGAAUCGUCGCCCUUCGACGCAGUUCUUGGACCCUCCUCUCCCCAGGCCCCCCCGGCCGAAACGGAGCUUGUUCUACCCACGGAGACCGAGACCCAACGCGAACUCUCAUUUUACCCCGAUCUUCUGGAGGGCACGAACCAAGACCCCAGCAUUCCUCCCGCCAUCGAAUCGAUCGAGGAUUUCGUCAAACAGACAUGGCCAAGCUUCAAACAGGGCAUUAUCCUGAACUGGAAUGAACUCCUCCCGCCUAGAAAGCAUUACUAUAAGGACAAGAAACCAGCCAGGAAGCCCAAACCACUGCUGACGACGAAGUUAAGCCUUGACAUCAUGAAUGACCAAGAAAAGGCUUUCCGCGUUCCAGGUUCUACUGCUUCUCAGCAAACCCGGGGUGGCAUGUUCCAGGAGGGCCCUGGGAACGGAUUUGUCCGCAUCGCAGGGCCUACCAGACUCGGCGAAACCAGCGGGUUGGAGUUUGAGCUAGAUGAUGAGUCCGAUGAUGAACCAAUUGCUAGGCUUAAUAACCAGCAUAUCGACACCAUCUGCUACGACUUCGACGAAAAGAUUAGGAAUGCGGAAAGGAUCCGCGACACUCAAAUCGCUGCACAGGCACAACAUAAGCGCGCAUCUGCGGAUCUUGAGGACGAAUGGGACGCGAUGUUCAUGGGCGAGGCGCCGAAGAAAAAGAAACGGACUAUUCCAAAAGGCCUACCAAACAUUACACAGUACCAUACGCCAUCUCUAGACAACUUCGAGCUCCUGACUAGGGCCUCCGCUAAACGUGUGCGCUUGGACGUCAACGAUCCUAAACUCCACCUCAUCGAGCCAGACGAAAGCCGCCCCUCCAAACGCGCCCGCCGGGAACAGAACCUCAGACGCAUGGCGGGAGGGAAUCUCGGUGGGAACGCCCUACGCAGAUUCAAUAUCUCGAAUGACGAGGCCUAUGAACUGCUCAAGGAAGCCCACCAAGACAAGGUUCGCGCUACAAUUGGCAACAUCAUGGUCGAUCACGGGUUGCCGGCGCUCCGACUAGCAUGGCCAUACUACAAGACGAGACUCUCGGAAAGGCCUGACCAGUUCCAUCGGCCGCCGUUCCAUGUACGAAAGUUUGUUGGCCGGUCGAUUGAGUUCUCGAAGCGCAAUGUGCUCAAGCGCAAGGCUCAAAAGGGCAAGGCUCGUGACGUUUUCAAGAACACGAAGGAUCUCACACUCAGGGACAACUCGACCGCGGUACUUUUCGAGUACUGUGAACGAAUUCCCACCGUUCUCUCCAAGUUUGGCAUGGGCAACCGUGUGAUCAACUACUACCGCAAGGGUGCGGACACCAAUGAACCUCCUCCUCCAAAGAAGGACCUUGGCGAGACACACAUUCUCUUGCCGGAGGAUCGGUCUCCAUUCGCAAUUUUCGGUACAGUCGACCCUGGUGAGACCGUGCCAACACUCCAUAAUCAGAUGUAUCGGGCUCCGCUUUUCAAACACUCUCCUCGCGAGGGCGACUUCAUUCUAGGGCGAAGCUCGACUGGCAGAGAAGGCUCCCAGUGGUACCUGAGAAAAAUCGAUCACAUCUUCGUUGUCGGACAAACGUUUCCGUCGGUGGAAGUGCCUGGCCCUCAUUCGCGCAAGGUCACAACCACGUCCAAGAAUCGGACUAAGAUGCUCAGCUACCGCAUCAUGAGAAGGCAUCCCGAGGGUAUGCUAUUUACGAGUGAUAUCACGAAGCACCUGGCUGGCACGAACGACGGCCAAAACAGACAGAAACUCAAAGAAUUCCUCAAAUACGUGCGUCCCGACAAGGACAACAACAGGCCGGGCUUCUGGUCGCUUCCACCCGGCGAUACGUUGAUGAACGAGGAAGGAAUCAGGGCCUUGAUCAAGCCGGAGGACACCUGCUUAAUCGACGGAAUGACGAUGGGCAUGAAGAUGCUCGAGGAUGCCGGCUACGACCCUCGAUUGGCGGUCAUACAAGAGAACGACGAGGAUGACCUAGAAACACAAGGAGGUAAAGGUGGCAAGAAGGGCGGCGAGAAGGGUGAAGAGUCCCUCGCGGAGAAGAUGGCUCCCUGGAAGACAACGAAGGCUUUCAUUGAUGCCUGCACUGGAAAGGCCAUGCUUCAGCUCCAUGGCGAAGGUGACCCCACGGGCCACGGCCUAGGAUUCAGCUUCAUCCGAACCUCGAUGAAGGGAGGCUACCUCGAGCAGCUCCAACAGGGGCCGUUGUCGUCGUCAGCCGAUGCGAUCGAAAAGCAGAGGCGGGACAACAAUGGGCAUGCCUACAACGUCAAGAAGCAAGAAUUGGCCUAUAAGUCGGGCAUCACCGAGAUUUGGACCAAGCAAAAAACCACCCUUAGCGACCCGACGCUGCAGGAUGAUGACGACAUCCUCCAGAUAGCAGACGAGGAUGAGCGGUUCAAUGUGCAGGGUGCAGCGACGCCAGCCCCCGCAGUAGACGACAGUGUCAGCCAGUUUAGCGGAUUCACCACGGCUAGUCGCCAGUCCAAGAAGCGACUGCGAAUUGUGCGCCAGGUGGAGGGCCUAGACGGAGCAUUGGAGGAGAGAGUGGAGAUUGUAGAGGACCCCGUGGUCAUUGCACAAUACAUCAAACGGCGCAACGAAAUGGAGGCAGCGGAAAAAGACAUCCUCGAAAUUAUCCCUACUGGAGAUGCCUCGAUGGACCGUGUAUUUGCCAAAAAGAUCUCGGCAGAACUCGACCGCCUCGAAAAGAACAGGGAAAGGCGGCUGCAGAGGGAGCAGCACAAAAAGCUCCAGGAUGGUGCAGGCAGCGCCAGGUCACCAGAAGCUAGUGAGAAACCGGUUACGGGAACUACCCGAAAGUGUGCCAACUGCGGACAGGUCGGGCACAUCAAGACCAACAAGAAACUCUGCCCGCUCCUCAAUGGAACGGCAGCCGCUAGCGCCGCAAGCGAUGCUAGUGGAUUCGGUGGUUUCGGCCCGGCGACUCCCAUGGCAGCCAACUCACCGCCCAUGUAG